CUCCAGAGAGAGAGAGAGAUGUUGAAACGCUAACUUCAUUUGCCCAUUCAGAGACGGACCGACGGCUCUCGGGGUUUUCCAAUUCGGGCACGGAACGGAGUGGUAGCCUAUAGCCCGCAAUCCGACUCCUCGGCAGCGGCGAGAGAGGCUUGAGGGGUGGAGAGAGAUGGGAUCAGCUUCUUCGGCGUACCGAGUAAUCUACCUGGACGUGGAUGGCAGAAUUCAGAAGGUGGUCUUCAGCAGAUUCUGCAGCCCGUAUGAUAUCAAGGAGUUAUUCUGUACCGCUCUAGGUCUUCCAAGAGAGAGUGUCCCUGCUUUGUCUGUUUUGGACAGGAACACCACCUUAUCUCUGCUGGAUUCCACGGGAGCCAUGGUGUCCAUCGACCCCACCAUGCCACACAACACCGAGAGGUCACCAUACAGAGUGGUGCCCCUGACUGGAGGACAGCUAGCUGAUAAAGAGGAACUCUUCCAGAAUGUAUUGACACAGGUGGCAGAGCAGUUUUCCAGAGCGUUUAAAAUCAACGAGCUGAAGACGGAGGUGACGAACCGCUUGGCCAUGUUGGAGAAGAGAGUGGAGCUGGAAGGGAUGAAGGUGGUGGAGAUAGAGAAGUGUCGCAGCGACAUCAAGAAGCUCCGGGAGGAGAUGGCCUCCAGGAACAACAGUCAUUUCCUGGAUGACAACAAGAAGCUGACACCUCGCAGAGAUGUGCCCUCUUACCCCAAAUACAUGCUCUCGCAGCAGACCAUAGAUGCCCUCAGAAAGCCUGCCUUUGGCCUCUGGCUGUGGGAGUCCAACGAGAUGCUGAGCUGCCUGGAGCACAUGUACCACGACUUGGACCUGGUCAAGGACUUCAACAUGAACCCCAUCACACUGAAGAGGUGGCUGCUUUGUAUCCAUGACAACUACAGGAUGAAUCCCUUCCAUAACUUCCGUCACUGUUUUUGUGUCACCCAGAUGAUGUACAGCAUGAUCUGCCUCUGCAGCCUACAGGAGACGUUCACCCAGGUGGACAUUCUGAUUCUGAUGACAGCUGCAGUGUGCCACGAUCUGGAUCACCCCGGAUACAACAACAUGUACCAGAUAAAUGCACGGACGGAGCUGGCAGUACGCUACAAUGACAUCUCCCCUCUGGAGAAUCACCACUGUGCCAUAGCCUUCCAGAUCUUCUCCCAGCCCGACUGCAACAUCUUCUCCACCUUCGACCCCGAGGCCUUCAAACAGAUACGCCAGGGAAUCAUCACACUGAUACUGGCCACAGACAUGGCACGACAUGGCGAGAUACUGGACUCCUUCAAGCAUAAAGUGGACAGCUUUGACUUCACUGAUGAAGAGCAUGUCACUUGUCUGAAGAUGGUGCUCAUUAAGUGCUGUGACAUUUCUAAUGAGGUGCGACCCAUGGAGGUGGCUGAGCCCUGGGCGGACUGUCUGCUGGAGGAGUACUUCAUGCAGAGUGACAGGGAGAAGGCGGAGGGUCUGCCUGUGGCCCCCUUCAUGGACAGAGAGAAGGUCACCAAACCCACCGCUCAGAUCGGCUUCAUCAAGUUUGUCCUCAUCCCAAUGUUUGAGACCGUCAUGAAGCUGUUCCCUCAGAUUGAGGAUGUGAUGGUCCAGCCUCUGAGAGAGUCGCGAGACAGAUACGAAGAGCUCAAGCAGAUUGACGAUGCCAUGAAUGAGGUCAGAGGUAUUUGUGUGUGUACGUGUGUUUGUGUUUUUUAUUAUUUUUAUUUAAGAAGCACAUGUUUGCAUGUUCUUAUGUGUAGCGGCAGUGACGAACAGUCCUGUGAAUGUUUCUACUUUAGGUGCAGAAAAAGAAAAGUGAGAACUUGACUAUGGGGAAGAAGAAAUGAAAGCACAAAGCUCAAACUUCCUACGGUGGUAAAGGUUGAGCCAGCAUGGCAGUCUGAGGAAUGGGACCAGAGGAAGAUGGAAACAGACCAAGCUACUGACUGACUGGCCGGAUGGACAAUCCAAAAGCUUUUAUCAGGGAAUGUCGACUUGUACAGCAGACUACUUCAGUGAACAAUAUUUAGAUUUUCUCUUGCGUUGUUUUUUUUAUGUUGUUUUAUACAGAAUGUACAGAUUUUUAGUCGCCUUUGUUGUUUCCUACAAAAUAAAAGGUUUACUUUAAUUAUAACCUUUCACAUAAUGUUUUUUUAUUUUGUUUUAAAACAUAUAUUACCAUUAUUAAAGCUUAUUAGACUUAUUA